CGGAGCCGAGGCGGCGGCCCCGCCGGUGAUGCGCACUCCGCAGGGGCUGCCGGCCCGCUGAGGUCGGUGCGAGGAGCGGCGGCGGCGCGGCCAUGCCGUGCACCUGCGGGAACUGGCGGCGAUGGAUCCGGCCGCUCGUGGUGCUGCUCUACAUCGUGGGGCUGCUGGUGGUGGUGCCGCUCUGCGUGUGGGAGCUGCAGAAGCUGGAGGUUGGAAUUCAUACCAAGGCAUGGUUUAUCGCUGGGAUAUUUCUGCUAAUGACUAUUCCAAUAUCUCUCUGGGGGAUACUGCAACACUUAGUCCAUUAUACUCAACCUGAGUUACAGAAACCAAUAAUAAGGAUUCUGUGGAUGGUGCCGAUUUACAGUUUAGACAGUUGGAUAGCUUUGAAAUACCCCAAGAUUGCAAUAUAUGUGGAUACAUGUCGAGAAUGCUAUGAAGCUUAUGUCAUCUAUAACUUUAUGGUUUUUCUUUCAAAUUACUUAACCAACCGGUACCCAAACCUGGUGUUAAUAAUAGAGGCGAAAGAUCAGCAGAGACAUCUGCCCCCUCUCUGUUGCUGUCCCUCGUGGGCUAUGGGAGAAGUUUUAUUAUUUAGAUGUAAACUGGGUGUUUUGCAGUACACUGUUGUCAGACCAUUUACUACCAUCAUUGCUUUAAUUUGUGAACUGGUGGGAGUGUAUGAUGAAGGAAACUUCAGCUUCAACAAUGCAUGGACUUACCUAGUUAUACUCAACAACAUGUCACAACUAUUUGCCAUGUAUUGUCUGGUGCUGUUUUACAAAGUACUGCGUGAGGAACUGAACCCUAUCCAGCCUGUUGGCAAGUUCCUUUGUGUGAAGAUGGUAGUUUUUGUUUCUUUCUGGCAGGCUGUGCUCAUUGCAUUGCUGGUGAAGGUUGGUGUUAUUUCUGAGAAACACACCUGGGAUUGGCAAAGUGUGGAAGCUGUGGCUACAGGCUUACAGGAUUUUAUCAUUUGUGUGGAGAUGUUUCUGGCUGCUAUUGCACAUCACUACAGUUUUUCCUAUAAACCUUAUGUUCAAGAGGCUGAAGAAGGCUCAUGCUUUGACUCCUUCCUUGCAAUGUGGGAUAUUUCUGACCUAAGGGCAGAUAUCUCCGAACAGGUUCGAAAUGUGGGGAGGACAGUUUUGGGCCAGCCAAGGAAAAUGUUUUUUGCUGAGGAUCAUGAACAAAAUGAGCAUACAAGUUUACUGUCUUCAUCUACUCAAGACCCAAUUUCUGAUGCUUCUUCAAUGCCAUCUUCACCCAUGGGUCACUAUCAGGGGUUUGGACACACUGUGACCCCUCUCACAACACCGACGACAGCCCCUGCAGUGGAUGGGAUUUUUAACCCUUCUGCCAGUCAGGAUGCUGAGGAAUCCCCUGAACUAGAGAAUAACUUAGCAGAGCAAGCUCUGGAAAAAAGUUAAACUUGCCUUUUCUUUGAAUGUGUCAAGGAGUCAUUACAUACUUGCCACACGUGUCCUGUUAACAUGUACUGUUAAGGAUGGAAGUUGGAAAGCUUGGGAAAGCUGCUGCAUGCACAGGAAGAGGAUAUGGCAUGGCUAUAACUGACAUCUGAAUCCAGAGUCUGUGAUGGAUGUGAGCACCUGUGAGUACCCCAUGGAUAUGAAACACGCACACUGUAAAGGUUUCUGCAUAAAUUUAAGCAUCAUCUCCUUAAACUGCUAAAUGCUUCCACAUCAUAUCAAAGUUACACUGAAUUUCAUUAGUGCAAAAGAAACAUUAAAAAAAAAUCCUCUGCUCAUAUAAAAAUGAAGUGCAAGUACUACUAGCAAUGGGAAAGCCUAAUUUCAGGAAUGUAUUUUAAGGAGAGCAGUAGCAAAAACUGCUUGUGUUAACUUUGCUUGUCUUAAUGAUGGUUAACUUCCAUAGCCAGUGCUGAAAAUGGAAUGUGAAUGGGUGAAAUGAUAGCUUCUGUACAGAUGCCACCUUCUUCCCAUUCCUACAUAGCUAAAUCAAGUCCCUUAUGAAGAUAGUUACUACCAAGCACUAGUAAAGAAUCUCUACAAAGAAAACAUUCCCUGCAGGCCUUGCUAUCAUGCCCAGAUCAUGUGGUUGGUGUAUCUGUUGUCUUUGAGGCUCAUAGUUUGUCUUUUAUAUCCAGAAGAGACAGCCAGGAUGGUAGGUUUUGGAUUAAUACUUUACCUUGAUUAUUCUUUUCCCUAGCCUUCUAAAAUAAGAAUCAUGGUUACUUACCUUAAAAUACAUGGAGGGGGAAUGAAGGAUAUUGAAAAGGAAGUAGAAAACAAAACUGAUUUCUUUAUUUUGGGCUGCAGUAAGUUCUUUAACACUUAAGUUUUUUUAAGCUGUUAAAGCAGGAUAUCUUCUGUCUGUAGCAAUUUGUGUUCUUAAAUUUGUGUCUGUGUGUGAUUGUAUUAUGCUUCUAGUAUAGCCUGGAUUCAAAUGUACUAGCUGUUUUUUUCCCCAGAGAAGACCUUUGCUGAGGUGAAACUAUGUAGUAAUCUAAUACUGGAGUUACUAGGGCUAGAUUUCAGCCCAAGAAGCAGUACACUUGUAUCAAAACGUUACUUUGCAAAAACUGACAAUGUCAGUUUUUUGUUUUUAUCCCAUUAUCAGAUUUUUACUAUUAUUGCAUGUUUGCAAUCUGACAAAAACAACCAAACCAGUAGAGCACUACUUUUUAAAUGACAAGAUCUUAAGUUUCUUUUUCAGCAUUGUUAGCAUUUCCAGGAUAAAUGUUUAACUUCUGGCUGUCAGUAAAUUCAUCUUAAGUGCUUCUUUUGCAGUACUAGUGUGAUGUAAAUAUUGCGCCUUACUCACUAGGCUGCAUAUUUUAUAGCUGAGUAUGUACUUGCUGUAUCUGAAGUUAGUGAGAAAGUGAAAAUCAUGAUUUUCCAUUUGCCAACUCAUUGCCUUUGUUGUAAAUAAGCAAUUAAAGAUUUUAUUUAAACGGUU